AUGCUGCCGCCUAUAAGUAGACGAGGAUUAUGCGUAUUCUACUCAUUUCUAGAACCAACUCAGACUAUAUCAAGACUUUAUCAUCCAGUCCAAAUACUUUCAUCACUUUCUCAAACCGUCAUCACGCCUAAAUGGGUCUUUCACCACACCACCGGUACCUUCUCGCCUGAGGACAAACGUCAGAUUGCCCAAGGCAUGACCAAGAUCUACUCAAGUGUCGGCCUUCCCCCGUUUUACUCAAACACUCACUUUAUCGAGCUGAAUGCCGACAGCAUUUUCGCUGGGGGGGAAUCCCCAAAAGCAUUAACCACUGUUUCGAUUUAUCAUGUGGCACGCACUUUGGCAACUCCUGAUGUACAAGACUUUUUCAUGAAAGCCUUGGACGAUGUUCUUAGGCCAAUUAUGAAACCAAAAGGCAUCAAGUGGGAACUGGCUAUCUAUGAAGGUGAUAUUGAAUACUGGAGGAUUAACGGCAUUAGACCCCCAGCUCAAGGCUCGGAGAUGGAGAAGAAAUGGUUUGAUGCGAAUCAAGUUACGGACGAGGAGGAGUUGUUCCGUGCUCAGGAACGCCCCUGA